CAAUUUCAACUUCUAGCUGCAUGGAAUGCACGAUCCACGAGACAACAAUUAAUUCGCUAUCUCGCUCGCUAAGAUGAACCCUCGAAACAUAUACAUAUUUACACAUGUUUGUGUCGACAAUUUUUUCUCAAAGCGUCUACCGCCCAGCCGUAGCCUGCUGAGCUGGUGUUUCCACACCUCGAUAGAUGACACUGAUCAUGGUUUUGGCGCCCCAGUGACAGGGAAAUUCUCAAUAGACUGUAGCGCAUGCUGGAGCCACUCCCAUCUCGCCCAGUCAUAUUUGUAGCGCGAUCCGAUUUCAGCACGUGCUUUCCCCCUUUUUUGACAGGUCCAAGGUCUUCGCUAUGAUGGAGACCAGGGACAGCGAGGACGCAUUGAUGACCAGCCCUGAUGAAUCGCCUCAAUCUACAUGGGGCCGCGCACGCCGUGGGCCCAGAUUAUACUCGGAUUCUGCCAUUCGUACUCCCGCCUCCCCAUCAAGAGAUGGACGAACCCCCUUGCACACGUCUUCACGAAUAUUCCAUACUUAUGGGACCGUCUCGCCCAUGCGGUCUCACAUCGACGACCGUCGUUCUUCGAAUGACGUGGCAGAUGAGGGCUCUGUGUCCCCACCUGGAGGCCGGCUUCCCGGGGUAUUGGAAGAGAACAAUACCGAUGCCGACACAUAUAUAAACGGCAUAAGAUUCUGGUAUAGCACCUUUACCUCAAUUGAUUGGUUGCAUGAUUCGAUUAAGGGGUCUGCUCGCGCUCUACGGCUGCGAAAUAGGCGCUCUCUUACCGGUCGCAUCAUCAAUGCUUGGGACCGAUCACUUGGAUGGAUUGUGGUUACCAUCGUCGGAAUUCUCACUGCGCUUACUGCAUUUAUAAUUGUCCGCUUAGAGCAGUGGCUUUUCGACAUCAAGGAAGGAUAUUGUACCGAUGGAUGGUGGAAAGCCAAGCGCUUCUGUUGCCAGGUAUUGGGAGAGAAUUAUUUGACGUCUGACUUUCAUUGUGGAAACUGGUCUACUUGGGCAGAACGAUUCGAUGGUCCCCAGCCAAGUGUUGAAGCUUGGUGGAUUGAGUAUGUUACCUAUGGGUUCUUUGCGCUUAUUCUCGCUCUGGGCUCAGCUUGGUUGACGGUGCACUUUACGCCUUCUACAUCUUUUGGCGAUUCAAAUGAAGCUAGUGCUUUAACGUCGGGCUCAAUGAAGAAAACUGUACCGCUAGAAGCUAACCCAGGAAGCGAAAGAUCAUGUACUUCGGUUUGUCAUGAGGGUUAUCUUGGAGCGCAGACACUUUUAAUCAAAGGCAUCGGUCUUUCGAUGUCUGUGGCGUCUGGUCUUACUCUCGGAAAGGAAGGCCCAUUCGUUCAUAUUGCGUCAUGCUGGGGCAAUAUUAUCAGUCGAUGGUUUGUCAAGUAUGAGCUAAACGAAGCCAAACGAAGAGAAAUAUUAAGUGCUGCUUGCGCUGCCGGAGUCGCUGUCGCAUUUGGUGCUCCUGUCGGUGGUGUCUUAUUCUCCUUGGAGGAAGUAUCGUAUUUCUUCCCUGCUAAAGUCAUGUGGAGAAGUUUCUUCUGUGCCACGGUUGCGACUGUUACCCUUCGGUUCUUGGAUCCAUUUGGUACCGGGAAGCUCGUAUUAUUCCAAGUCACUUAUGACAAGGACUGGCAUACUUUUGAAUUACUCCCCUUCCUGAUCCUUGGAGUGUUUGGUGGUCUUUAUGGAGCGUACUUCACGAAAUUGCACGUAUUAUGGGUUCGCCAUGUUCGGUCAUCUACGUGGUUCCGAAGAUACCUCUUGCUCGAGGUCUUGAUCGUAACUAUCAUUACCACCAUGCUAUGUUUUCUCAACCCAUAUACCCGCAUGGGGGGACCCGAGCUUGUGUACAAUCUUUUUUCCGAGUGCCACGUUGGGGGAGCGGCGCACAAGGGUCUCUGUCUUCCCAGGAAUGCGUCUGUAUCACCACUCAUCACUGCGAUUGGGGCUACCAUGGUCAUAAAGGCUGCAUUGACGAUUGUCACUUUCGGUAUGAGAUUGCCGGCCGGACUCUUCGUUCCUACCCUUGGGGUUGGGGCAUGUUUUGGUCGUAUUCUAGGUAUUGGGAUAGGGUAUCUUCAAGUGCAUCAUCAGGAAUACCCAAUGUUCGGCGUCUGUUCAUUUAGUGGUGAUGAUGAUUGCGUCAUUCCUGGGCUAUAUGCUAUGGAAAGUCGGGUAGGGGCCGCGGCUGCCCUGUCCGGUGUGACCAGGACAACAAUUUCUCUGGCUGUAAUUGUCUUUGAGCUAACUGGAACGAUGACAUACGUCGUUCCCGUGAUGCUAUCUGUUCUUGUUGCUAAAACCGUAGCGGAUUUCUUCCAGCCUUCCGGCAUAUAUGAUUCAGUCAUCGAAUUAGCGCAGCUCCCUUAUCUUGACUGCAAGCAUGAUUAUCUUUGGGGCCCGAGAACGCUCCACGACAUCGUUAACUAUAAAGCGGAGGUUAUCCGGACUGACAAGGAAUUGACAGUACGGUCAUUACUCGUUAAGCUUAAUCGUAUCAGCGGCUUGGACACUGGGCUUCCCGUGUUGGUGAAAGAAGGGCACUCGGUGUUGAAAGUCGUUGGAUACAUUGGUUACAAUGAACUCGAGCACGCGCUGAGUUUGGUUGGGGGUGAUCUUGAAGCAGCAUGCUACUUCCGCCAGAACUUCACACCCUCUGGUUCGUUGGUUGAUGAGAUAACGGGUCGAGACCCCUAUGAUUUCACAGUUUUUAUGGACCAGGCACCAUUAUCCGUCAACAUCAACACUCCGUUGGAAGCUGUUCACCAAAUGUUCACUAAAUUAGGUGCGAGAUACGUCAUUAUCAACAAUGUGGACGGCCACUAUGAAGGGGUUUUAGAUAAGAAGGCCUGGAUUGGUUUCGUGAAUGGGAUUCCUCGGGCAUAAGAAGAUAUUUCUGACACCAAAAAUUCAUCGGGCUGUACUGGUUUACGGCCCCUUUUCCCUUCCCAGCAUCCGCCAUAAAUAUGCUGAAUGUAAUCUGAGGCUCGGUGUAUUUAUCAAUACUUAUUUAUAUCGAGGAGACCGUGCGAAUUUCUGCUUG